AUGGUUUUUCUACGUGAGACCAUUGACAGAGUCAUCAUCAGCGUAUUCAAUCGACGAGGCGAUGACGUUAGCAGAAUGCUGCUCUGUUCGCGCCGACCGGACGGAAAGACAGGCUCUGUGCAGCCUGUUCUUCUGGGCGAGCAGUUUAUGGAUGGCUGCGUCGUUGUGGCCGAACCAGUCCAGGCACUGCCGACGCGCGCGGUCGAGGGCAGCCGGGACGGUCGAGUGAACGGCUUCCCGUAUAUUUGCAUCAUCGAAUUUCCGCGGGGGAGUUUUUAUCUGCCGCUGGCAGUUCUUCCGGCCGCUCGAUCAGUUGAUUGAUGAAAUGCUAACGGUGAGCAGGCAAAGACAACAAAGCAAUAUUCAACUUAUCUGGAGUUAAGUUACCCUGUUGCCUCCUGCGGGGUUGAAGAAGGGGCCUUCUCCUGGAGAUGACGAGGCAAUGUUCCGUUCUGUCAUCCUCGUCGCAGACCGCCGUGGUCAGCAUCACGACCUGUCUGUCUCGUCGCCAGACCAGAGCAUAGUCCAGCAGCCACCAGCGCCGCGAUUGGGGUGCAUACAGGAGGACUUCUUCCGCGUCGGCAGGCGGAAGAAGAUGUUGAUCAGGAUGAGGCGGUCUUUAUCGCAGGUUCGCAGGAGGAGGAGGAGGUUACUGCCGUUGCAGUUGGUGAUUCCGUCAGGACCCAGCAGUCCUCUCCCGGCAGCAUGGUCUGUGCCGACGCGGACGUUGAAGUCACUGAGGACAACAACUUAUCCGCCUUCGGCACAGGCGCUAGGAGGGCGUGCAGGUCUUCGUAG